AUGGACAGAGGAAAUAUUACAGGGACUUCAGAGUUUCUUCUUCUGGGUGUGUCAGAGGCACCAGAGCUUCAGCCUCUCAUCUUUGGGACCUUCCUCUCCAUGUACCUGAUCACUGUUCUUGGAAACCUGCUCAUCAUCCUGGCUGUCAUCUCAGAUUCCCACCUCCACACACCCAUGUACUUCUUCCUCUCCAACCUGUCCUUUGUGGACAUCUGUUUCACCUCGACCACCGUCCCAAAGAUGCUGCUGAAUAUUCAGACACAGAGCAAAGUCAUCACCUAUAAUGGAUGUAUCACACAGAUGUACUUUUUUAUGCUCUUUGCAGCACUUGACAUCUUUCUCUUGGCUGUGAUGGCCUAUGACCGUUUCGUGGCCAUCUGUCACCCACUGCACUACAUGACUAUCAUGAACCACCGACGUUGCAGACUGCUGGUUCUGAUAUGCUGGAUCUUGGGUUUCCUGCAUUCCUUAUUAGAAAGCUUAAUGGUAUUGCGUCUUUCCUUCCCUAUGGAUUUGGAAAUUCCUCACUUUUUCUGUGAACUAAAUCUGAUGAUCCAACUUUCCUGUUCUGACACUUUUCUUAGCAACUUGGUGAUGUACUUGUCAGCUGUACUCCUGACUGGUAGUUCCUUUACUGGGAUCCUUUAUUCUUACUCUAAGAUUGUUUCCUCGAUAUUUAGAAUCUCAUCAGCUCAAGGAAAAUACAAAGCAUUUUCCACCUGUGCAUCUCACCUCUCAGUUGUCUUUCUAUUUUUUUGUACAGCUCUAGGUGUAUACCUUAGUUCUGCUGUUAUCCAAAACUCAGAGUCAACUGCAAUUGCCUCAGUGAUGUAUACUGUGGUCACACCUAUGUUGAACCCCUUUAUUUAUAGUCUCAGGAACAAAGACAUAAUGGGGGCUCUGAAAAGAUAUUUGUAA